CUGGCACUGGGAGGCUCUAGGUGUCCUGCGCUCCGAGGGACAUUUCAGCGUCAAAGGCCGCAUCCGCGGUGGGCCUGGCGCGCGGCCAUGAAGCCGUGGCCAUAUGUGACUGCAGCGUUGGCGCUGGGAUUGGCGCUGGUGGGAUAUGGCGUUUGGAUGGUGCAGGAGCUGCGGCAGGAGCUGGAGAUCUCCCAGAUGCGGCAGUCGGCCUUGGAGGCCCGCCUGCUGGCACUGGAAAGGAGCGCCGCGAAACCAGAGCCGCGCAGCACAGCUUUGUGGAAGGCCGCGAAGGCACCGGCUGCUACCGUAGAGCCGGCGCCGGCGCCAGCGGCGCCAGCGGUGCGGCGCCUGAGUGACUGGGAGGCAGGCGACUCGGAGACGAACGCGAAGUGGCUGAAGUACCUGGCUCCGGAGGGACGCUACGAGGCGGAUUGGCUAUUGGCAGGCGCGGAGCAUGAUUUCGUUCGCCUUUCCGAUGACGAGAAGGUGAAGCACAUGGCGCUGCACGGCGAGGCGGAGGAGCUCUUCUCCUUCUUAGAAAAGAUGGAGGGCAAGGAAAGAGAGCGCUCGAAAGCUCUGGCGCUGGCUUCGGCUGCCUUUGGCGAUGUGGUCUUCGGAUUUUCCAGCGAGAUGCCAGAAGAGAUGGACGUCUAUACUAGGGUUGCCACUCUCGUCAAGAAGACCACGAACAAGUUCGACGCCCGCGUGGACAUUGUCCGGCAGCUUUUUACUCAGGGCACCCUGCCAGACAACGACUUUCUGAACCAUGGCUUUGCCCAAGCAAAGCGGAAGGAGAUCGAUGUGGAGGAGCCCAUGCUUCAGGUGCUUGCCUGGGGUGCACUGAGGAGAGUUCUGCUCAAUCCAGUCAACCAGUCUUGCCACCUCAUCGGAAGUGAAGACCCCAUGUACGAGUUCAUGGCGGAAGUGUACGAGUUGGUGGAGUCAACUGGUUUGCGGGGUCUGCUGGUGGCGAUUGACAACUUGGGGGGCAACGACCAUUUGCCGCCGGAACUGAAUUUUCUUCCAUGGCACGCCGUGCGAUACGCCUAUGAGCACCCGAAGGUCUUGGAAGAGACUACCAGCUCGGGCCUCACUAUGCUCAUGGAGGCCAGCUCGAUGCCUCAUUGCAAGCAGAGCUGGAAUAUGGUGACCAUGCUGCACGAGCUGCGGGGCGCCCCUUGGAACUCCAUGACGGAGUGGGGGGGCACGGCCGCGAUGCUGGCCGCGGUGAAAGGCAACUUUGAUCAGUGCAAUCUUAUUGAGGAGGCGCACAUGAAGAAGGAACUCCAAGAAGUCUCGGAAGCCUUCCACUUCCCCUACAUGACCCUGGUGAUGUUGGGCCUGCACGUGGCCCUCGGAGUGGUCAGCUUCCUUUUCACCUUGUGCCAGCCGGAAGCUUCGCCCACCAGCCGGUGCCCUCACCUGAGGGACUUUGCGGUGAAGACGCUGAUCUUGAUGGGCGCCAACGCGGCGGUGCACUACGCCACAAUGCCUGCGGACCUCUUGAUGAAGCCCCUCACCAUGGUGCAGGUCAUGCUGCGGGUGUCUUGGAACAUCAACUUCCUGGCCAGUUGGCCCAUCUUUGCCUGCCUGGUGUGUGCCUUCCUGGUCUUCAUGGCCGCAGACUUGCGCGAGGCCUGUCGGAUGUCGCGGCCUGACUGCCUGAUGACGCAAAGGAGGGUCAAGGCAACGAACAUCUAUGAAGAUCCCACAGUUCCCAUCUCCAGCUGCAUUCGCACCUUCCUGCUGGGCGCGAUCUUCAUGUGUGUCUACGUCACGGUGCUGUGCAAGGCCAUCGAGAUGACCCUCUUCUCCAGGUCCCUGUGGGCGGCCUCGAUCUUCGUCCAGGCAUACGUCACCAACUCUUUCGAGGAGGAGCGCCAGGCCUCGGACGGGUCGCUUCAGUUCUUCGCUCGCUGGGCGCUGCGGCUGGAUGGCUGUGCCAACAACGAGCUUUGGGCGGCCCUGCUGCGCCAGAGCAAGCUGACGGCCGGGCAGGACCUGAACGCCCCACGGCUGAGCAGAGCUGAAGUGCUCUUCCGCUUCUGCAUGGGCUACGUGUCCAACGGCUUGUUCCGGAUUUGGAUCGUGUACUCGCUGCCGGUGUACCUGGCCGCCUCGGAGCAGACCUCCGAGUUCGCGCUGAACGCCUUCGCGGUGACCUUCAUCUCCGAGCUGGACGACCUGCCCAAUGAGGUGGAGUACAGCGUGGACGAAUAUGACGCCUUGUCAACGCGGGAAGUGAAGCCAGCAUGAGACGCCUGCCAAGACGGCAGGUCCUGUGACUGUCUUCGGAGAAUCACUGUCGAUUUUGCUGGUCCUGUCAUUGUCUUUUGCGCCAACCGCCUAUGUGGUUUCUUUGCGUAGGGACGAGACGGGGCCAGGAAAUGAAAGUAACCAGGCUUCCUUGCCGGCUCCAGCAAAGUAUGGGGCUCAUGUGACAUCAAGGUACUGUCCAAAACAGUCUCUACAAUAUACAGAUCGCUGUUCCGCGAAGGGAU